GUCGAAAGAUUCAGUUGUGCGCCAAGCUCAGCUUCGGCCUCUCCACCUUACUCCGCUCCGUGUGAAUUCCGUUUUAUUACCUGUAUCAUCCAUAUUAUCGCGCCGUUUAUUUUGAUAUCUGCUUCUGCGUUCGAUCUAUAAUAUUGCAGUAAACAAAACAUUAACAUUAUAACCCGAACCCCUGACGACGUCUUGAGAAAGGAUUUACCUGACCGCUUGCGUAACGAAAAUGCUGAAACUAUCAUUUGCAUGCCUCUUUCUGGGUUUUUUGGCGAAAUCAUCAGCGGGCCAGUUCUACUUCCCCAAUGAGGCGGCCCAGGUGCCCAACUAUGGGCGCUGCAUAACACCCAACCGGGAGCGGGCUUUGUGCAUCCACCUGGAGGAUUGCAAAUACCUAUAUGGCCUCCUGACCACCACUCCGCUUCGGGAUACCGAUAGGCUAUACUUGAGUCGCAGCCAGUGCGGCUAUACGAAUGGCAAGGUGCUGAUCUGCUGUCCGGAUCGCUACAGAGAGACUACCUCGGAGACUCCGCCGCCGGCCAAGCCCAAUGUGACCAGCACCAGCCUGCUUCCACUACCAGGACAAUGCGGCAACAUUUUGUCCAAUCGGAUCUACGGCGGCCAGAAGACCAAGAUCGACGAGUUCCCCUGGAUGGCUCUCAUUGAAUACACCAAGGCCCAGGGAAAGAAGGGUCACCACUGCGGAGGCUCCCUGAUCAGCACUCGGUAUGUGGUCACCGCCUCGCAUUGCGUCAAUGGUACUUUGCCCAGCGACUGGCGGCUGACGGGAGUCCGCUUGGGCGAGUGGGACACCUUCACCGAUCACUGCGAGGUGGAUGUGCGCGGCAUGAAGGACUGUGCCCCACCGCAUAUGGAUGUGCCUGUGGAGCGCACUGUGCCACAUCCCGGAUAUAUACCCGCCUCCAAGAACCAGGUCAACGACAUCGCCCUGCUGCGUCUCGGCCAGCAGGUGGAGUACACCGACUUUGUGCGUCCCAUUUGCCUGCCCCUGGACACCAAUCUGCGGUCGGCCACCUUUGACGGGAUCACCAUGGACGUGGCCGGCUGGGGCAAGACGGAGCAGCUGUCGGCCAGCAACCUGAAGCUGAAGGCGGCCGUAGAGGGAUUCCGGAUGGAUGAGUGCCAGAACGUCUACAGCAGCCAGGAGAUCCUGCUCGAGGACAGUCAGAUGUGCGCCGGCGGCAAGGAGGGCGUCGACUCCUGUCGCGGCGACUCCGGAGGACCGCUUAUCGGACUGGACACCAACAAGGUGAACACCUAUUACUUCCUGGCGGGUGUCGUUUCCUUUGGACCGACUCCCUGUGGCCUGGCUGGAUGGCCAGGAGUUUACACACGAGUCGGGAAGUACGUCGACUGGAUCCAGAACACCAUCGAGGCCUGAUUGUAAAUUAUAAUAAGGAUUGUGUAAAUAAAUUCGACUAACUGAUGGAAGGUUUAAAAUCAA